ACUUGUACAUCAUUCGUAAACAUGGCUGCACAAUCUCUGCCAUUGUACGCUGCACAAUCUCUGCCAUUGUACAAUGGCCGAAAGAUGCCUCUUGUGGGACUUGGCACAUGGCAGGAUGAGUGCAAGGACACUAUCCGUGCCGCAUUGGACGCUGGCUACAGACACAUUGACACUGCCUAUGCAUACCAGAACGAGGCCUUCAUUGGGGAGGUGCUCCAGGAGUACUUCAAGGCCGGGAAACUGAAGCGGGAAGACAUUUUUAUUACAACGAAGCUGUGGGUGACCUACCAUGAAACAGACCGAGUCCCUCUGUCCAUUGCCCAAAGCCUCAAGAAUUUACAGUUGGAUUAUGUGGACAUGUAUCUUAUUCACAUUCCUACAGCGCUUAGAGAAACGGGAAAGGGAACUCCUUUACCUGUGGAUGAAAACGGGAAAACUGCACUCAAUGAUGUUCAGCUGGAGGAUACAUGGAAGGCUAUGGAACAAGUGGCUCGUAAUGGCCACGCCAAAUCUAUUGGUGUCUCAAAUUUCAAUAUGGAACAGCUUGAAAGGAUAUGCAAGAUAGCUGAUAUAAAACCAGCCACAAACCAGGUUGAGUGUCAUUUGUAUCUCCAACAAGAAAAGCUGUUCCAGUUCCUUAAGGAACGGGGGAUAACCCUUACUGCCUACAGCCCCUUCGGUUCACCAGCUCGACCAGCCAACUUCCAGUUGGAAGGAGCACCCAAAGUUCUAGAAGACCCAGUUGCUAAGGAUUUGGCUGCAAAGCACCAACGAUCUGUAGGCCAGAUUCACCUACGCUAUCUUGUCCAACGAGGUAUCAUUGUUAUACCCAAGAGCAGUAACCCUGGGAGAAUUCGGGAAAACUUGCAGGUUUUCGACUUCAAACUAUCUGAUGAUGAAAUGUCAAAACUUGCAGCACAAGACAGGAAACUGCGGUUAUUAACGUUCUUGGAGCCACCUGACCACAAGGGAGGUCGGGCACCUCGAGGUCGGCGAGCUGUACCUGUAAACUCUAAGAAUCGUAAAAUGGCUGCACAAUCUCUGACAUUGAACAAUGGUCAAAAGAUGCCCCUGGUGGGAAUUGGCUCGUGGCAGGUUAACUCUGCAGAUGAGUGCAAGGACACUAUUCGUGCCGCAUUGGACGCUGGCUACAGACACAUUGACACUGCCUAUGCAUACCAGAACGAGGCCUUCAUUGGGGAGGUGCUCCAGGAGUACUUCAAGGCCGGGAAACUGAAGCGGGAAGACAUUUUUAUUACAACGAAGCUGUGGGUGACCUACCAUGAAACAGACCGAGUCCCUCUGUGCAUUGCCGAAAGCCUCAAGAAUUUACAGUUGGAUUAUGUGGACAUGUAUCUUAUUCACGUUCCUGCAUCCAUGAGGGAAACAGGCAAGGGAAAACUUUUUCCUCUGGAUGAAAACAACAAGCCUGCAUUCUCGGGGGUACAGCUGGUGGAUACAUGGAAGGGGAUGGAACAGCUGGCUCGUGAAGGCAAAGCCAAAUCCAUUGGUGUCUCAAAUUUCAACAUGCAACAGAUUGAAAUGAUUUGCAAGACAGCUACAAUAAAACCAGCCACAAAUCAGGUUGAGUGCCAUUUGUAUCUCCAACAAACAAAACUCUUCAAGUUCCUAAAGGAGAGGGGGAUAACCCUUACUGCCUACAGCCCCUUCGGCUCACCAGCUCGACCAGCCCACUUACAGGUGGAAGGUGACCCCAAAGUUCUAGAAGACCCAGUUGCUAAGGAUCUUGCUACAAAGUACAAAAGAUCUGUUGGACAGAUUCACCUACGCUAUCUUGUCCAACGAGGUAUCAUUGUUAUACCCAAGAGCAGUAACCCUGGGAGAAUUCGGGAAAACUUGCAGGUAUUUGACUUCAAAUUAUCUGACACGGACAUGUCAAAACUUGCCUCACAAGACAAGAAGCUACGUUUUUUUACCGUUCCGGAAUUCAAGGGUCACCCCAGCUACCCCUUUGACGAACCACUCUGAAAUGGGUAUCUGCAGCACGGUUCAAGAGAGGUCCUCAAUUUGGACACCAGAUGUGAGGAUCAUUUUCGUGGCAGGAUAUGGACUCCGUGAUAAACAUUGUGUCUCAUUAGUAUGUUCUUCUGUCUGUUACUGUGUUAACGUUCGUAAACCUUAGCAAUAUAUUUAAGAUUAUUUUGUUUCUUUCCUUUAUUAACACAAAUGUUUGGCUUAUUUGAAAGUACUGUAUAGUUAUUGUCAUAUUUCUCUGAUAUGUAAAUGAAGUUUGAAAUUUACAAAAAAACGUUAACGAAUACACGUACCUUGUUACCAGAGUGAUAUAUACCUCGUCAGUGAAGCGUUAAUCUGUAUGUUGCUUUGAAUGUGUGAUGUUGAUUUUGUUUUACAUAUUAAAUUAAUAAAUUCUG